AUGGCAUUUACAAAUCUCGGCGAUCUACCAGUGCUACCGCAGCCCGAGUCAUUCGCCCUGACAGCAGCCUACAACGAGGACACAUUCCCCAACAAGGUCAACCUAGGACAAGGCGUCUACCGAGACAACAAUUGCCAGCCAUGGGUCCUACCUAGCAUAAGAGAGGCCGAACAAACCCUCCACAAUCAACAAGUCAACCACGAAUACCUCCCUAUAGCCGGCCACGCCCAAUUCCUCACCAAAGCACGCGACCUCCUCUUCAGUCCUGCAAUCGCCUCGCAGGACAAUAUAACAAGUAUCCAAGCCGUCGCAGGAACAGGCGCAAACCAUCUCGCGGCGAUAUUCUGUGCGAGGAACCUUCGUCCUAAGAACGUGUUCAUUUCUGAUCCAACAUGGGAUAACCACCAUUUGAUUUGGGAAAUAGCCGCACCCAAUGUGACAAGAAAGCUAUACCCGUACUAUGACCCGUGUACCCGGGGACUCAAUUUCGACGGGAUGCUGUCUGAAUUAGAAAAGUCCGCUGAAGAAAACGAUGUCGUGAUUCUACACGCUUGCGCCCAUAAUCCCACCGGCAUUGAUCCGACGCAGGACCAGUGGAAGAAAAUCGCCGAUGCCGUGCGACGCAAGAAGUUGAUCGUGAUCUUUGACUGCGCGUAUCAGGGUUUCGCAUCUGGAGCUGCCGACGCCGACGCAUGGGCGAUCCGAUACUUUUACACCACGCUAUUCACCGAGUCAUCAUCCUCAACCGGACCGGCAGGAAUGUUCGUCUGUCAAUCACUCUCGAAGAACUUCGGACUCUACGGUGAACGAAUUGGCGCGCUUCACUUGAUCACUCCACCCUUGCUCCCCACUCAGGGAGCCAAGGCGCAUCUAGUCCGAUUGGUUCGCGCCGAGAUCUCAUGUCCUUCUUUGUUCGGUGCCCGGCUUGUUCAUACUGUUUUGGAUGAUACUGAGUUAGUCUCCAAGUGGCACGAAGAUGUGAAGACGAUGGCGCAUAGGAUUAAAGGUGUCAGAGCAUUGCUGAAGUCGGAAUUGGAGACGCUUGGUGCUCAAGGGGAUUGGGGUCACAUUGAGCAGCAGAUCGGUAUGUUUAGCUUUACUGGGCUUUCUAGUGCUCAAGUGCAACAGUUGAGGGAGAAGCAUCAUAUCUACAUGUUGAGCAAUGGGCGCAUGAGCCUCAGUGGAUUGGACGAGGGCAAUGUUGCGUAUGUUGCUCAAGCCAUUAAAGAUGUGUUGUGA